AUGACCUCGGCUCAGCAGCUGCUCCGCUCUCAGAGAGACCUACUGCUCGAAUGGAGCAGCGACCACCCAGCACCUUUGUUGCGUUGGCUACGCGAUGCUGAUGUACUAUCCACUUCUCACUACCUAUCUUUGCUGGAGAGGUCACCUUCUAAUGCUGUGGCCCAGGCAUUGGAGACAGUGUGCAUCACUGAAGAGAACAGCCAGCGGUUUCUGGAGGUUCUGUGGGAAGUGCAGGAUUAUUACUGCAGGGAUCUGCAGGUCUGGGUGGAGACACACUGCAGAAAAGACAUCCUGAUUAAGAAGCCAGAGCCUGUUGAAGUAGAAGACAAGAAACCAAAAAGUACCAUCAGUAAACUGUUCAAAGGGAGGAAAAAAAUAUUAUCUUUAACAACAGCAGUAAAAGAUAAAGAAGAACUGAAACCCAGCAGGAGUAUUAAGUUGGCCAGUAUACGAGUUGCCAUUUCUGCUCAUAAAACAACUCUGCUGAAACGCACAGAGCAAUUAAAGUGUUACUCUGAGGGGGAAGGGGAGGCAUCAAACUCAGCGUCUCACAUUGAGAUCCGCUACACUGACCUUUUUGUGACCGAAGACAAUGACUUUAUUGAUAACAGCCAACAUGAGUACUUUGACUUGGCAAGCAGAAGAGCUCGUAUCUAUGUCCACCAGGCCUGCCAGCGAAUCCGUCCAUGCCAUCUCCUGCAGCCCCAAGAAGCAUCAAGACGACCCCCAAAGCGGGUCAAAGUGAAGGGUAUUGCUGGCAUAGGAAAGACCGUGGCUGUGCAGAGACUAGUGUACGAGUGGGCAAUCGGGAAGAACAUGCGUGAAUUCACUUGUGUUUUUGAACUACGCUUUAGGGAACUCAACCUGAUCAAAACACCGCUCACCUUAUUGGACCUGCUUGGAGACCGAUUUCGUUAUCUAAAGGAUGUUUUAGCUGAUCUUUUUACCACCCCAAGUAGUUUGCUCUUCAUCUUAGAUGGACUGGAUGAGUUCAAAUUUCCUUUAGACUGGAACGCUCCAGACAAAAACCUUGACGUGCAAUCAAAGGCAUCAGUGUCGGAGUUGAUGGUGGCUUUAAUCAAAGGAAGCCUUCUUCCUGAAACGUCAGUCAUUCUCACAACCAGACCAUCUACUGAGGCUCCCAAGCGUUUCUUCCAGAGAUGCUGUGUUGUGCUGGGCUUUGAGGAAGACCAGGUGAAAGAAUACACCUCCAAAUUCUACAAAGAUAGCAAAGUAUCUGAAAAGGUUUAUGACUAUAUCGUAAGCAAUGAAAACCUUUUUGUGCUGUCCUUCAUCCCACUUUAUUGCUACAUCAUUUGCACCGCCAUGGCAGAGUUCUUCAUUUCAGGGAGGGAAAAUGGUGAGUCAAAGUGUCUGGAGCUAAACCCGCCCAGAACAGUCAGCGAGGUGUACUUCUGCUACCUGUUUACAGCCAUCAAGCACCAUGCACUGUGGGGCAGCUCAGAAAGAAACACUCCCAGAUCUGAGGUUCUCUCACAAGCAAAGCAACAACUGACAAACCUAGGGAAACUGGCUUAUGAAACCCUUUUAAGGAAGAAGAUAAUGUUUGACAAAGAAGAUUUGGACAAAUACAGCGUUAAAUCUGCUGAUGUUCAAAACACCUUUCUCUGCCAGAUACUCCAACCUCUAAAAGAGGAGACGGUUGAGAUGUUUUCCUUCUUCCACUUAACUGUGCAAGAACAUCUGGCUGCAUUAUAUUGUGCAAUCAACCUGUACAAACAGGAGGAUAUAAUCCAGGGUAUGGACUUGUGGUGCUUUGGAGUGUCUCCUCCAUCACCUACAGCUUCACCCCUGCAAAAUGUCGACCUCAACUUGGCCAAGCUGGAGAGCCUGCAGAUGUUUACACGCUUCUUCAUGGGAAUGCUCCGAGCAAGACUUGCAGGUCAUUUAGAUGGACUUGUUCUUAACCCUGUGGACCAAACCAAUGGUGUUCCUGCCAAACUGGGUUUGUGGUUCCAAGAGCAGUUUAGAAACAGAAAGUUGGAAAACCAGACAGCCUUGAAUCUUCUCCACUGCCUAAUGGAGUUCCACAUGAAAGAAGCCACCAGCAUUGCAGCGCCAGAGAUCAAGAAACUUAACCUGUUUAAAAUGAAGCUGAGUGUUGUUGAUUGUGCUGCCAUGCACUACGUGCUGCAGUUCUCCCCACACAAGCUACAGGAGCUCAACUUAGGCUACUCCAACAUUGGCAACAAAGGACUCGACAGACUGGGUCCCAUCCUGCAUCGCUGUGAGUCUCUUUACUUGAGAUACAACUGCCUCGACAGGCAUGCAGCUAUUUUAGAAUCUGUGGUUUUGAAGUCGAAUGAUUGUCAAGUAAAGAAGCUCUAUAUGUGUGGCAAUAACCUGGGUCCUGAAGGUGUUUUGGAACUAUGGAAUGCUCUGGAGCACAACACCACUGUGGAGGAGAUUUAUCUGGACAUCACCAGCAUCACGGAGAGAGGAACAGAAAACAUUGUCAAGUGUCUAAGCAAAAACACAUCGCUGAAGACACUGACGAUUGUUGGGAAUGACAUUGGAGAGGUGGGGAGGAGGAGGUUGAAGGAACUGGAGCGGUGUCGCCCAGAACUCCGGAUACUUGCAGACUUUGUGGAUGACCUUGGAUUACUGCAGGCUUACCUGGACUGGGUGGAGGAGCUCCGGGCUGACCGAGACCAGAUGGACUCAGUGAAAAAUGCAGAUGCCUUGCAGUCAGUGCUAAAUGGGCUCCAGAUGGCAGGAGAGGUCCAGGAACAAGAGAACGCACAGAAAGCAAAGGAACUCCAGUCUAAGAUUGUGGAGCUGCUGAAAACCUCCACUGAACUAAUGGGAAACAUCUGACAUCAGAAAAGCAAGAAACCAAACCAAACAUCAAUCAGGUGCAUUUCAAAUAAUUAUUAGAAUAUCAUGAAAAAGUUCAAUAUUAGUUAUUU